CACAGCGCGCGGGGGAGAGGGCGUGGGGACCUGGGCGCCAGAACUGUAGGCUCAGUGCGGCACUGGGGGCAAGGUCGAGGAGCCGUUUGGGCGGAUCUGGGAGAGCUGGGCAGGAGGCAGGUGAGCUCAAGGAAGCAGGUAUUGAUCAGCAAGUGGACAGACCUGCUGGGUCCGAGAAGAAGCCUGGUGACCAGAAACCUGCAACGGUUGCGGGGCUCUGGGUCGUGGGCCACGUGUCCUUCCAUCCAGGAAGCUUGUGGUGCAGCCACUUUAUGGCUAAAGAGUUUGAGUUGCCAAGCCGUCCGGGAGGCGCUUCGCUUCCCUACUUAGCUAGCUGCCGAGGGCUGGACUGGCGUUUAAGUUUGUUCAGUUCCAGGGAGCCAGCUUGUCCUUGCCGAUAACCGCGCCACAAAAACUGGUCUCCCCAAUGCCUCAGCACUGGCCAAGGCGGGGGUGGGGUUGUGGGGAGCAGGUAGACCAGCCCAGCUGUUUUCUCAGUCCUGACCUUGAGUCCUGACCUGUGAGAUGGGAAUCUUUUCCCUGUUCCGGGUGCAUGGUAGGGGUGAAAUGAGACGUCUCAUCGUGUUUCCUUUCUUCGUAUCUGGAGCACUAGAAUUUGGAAGAAAGGCGAUUAGGAUUUAUUAAUGUGUCCAUUCAUUCAACAAACAUCUGUUGCUGUUUAUGUCUGGCCAGGGCUAUGGCUGAGCUGCCACCCCCGAGUUCGCACAGAGCCCAUGCUUCUGAAAAGAGGACUGAAAGGUUUUUAAGGGUCAUCCCCAGAGAGCUCACCCCUUCCAGUAUUUGCAAGUGAAGAGGUCAGUGGGCCCCUCUCCUAAUAGGCCCCAGGGUUGGAGAGCCCCAGAGCUGAGGUCAGUGCUUCCUUCUCGGAACUACAGUGACUUGUGACUGCUCUGUUCUCUGUCCUUUCUCACUUCUGCCACCCUCCCGCCUGCUCCAGAUGUGGUGCUCCAGCUGUGGUUGUUCUUGCAUGUGCCCCUUCCAUCUGCAUGCAAGGGAGGGGUCUGCAAUCGCUGGAGCAGUAUGUAGGGAGGAGAUGGGUCUUGUCUUUUCUUUUUUUUUUUUUUUCCUGGCUUGGUUUUGGUUUUCUUGGGCUUCCUAGAUCUGGGUAAUCUGCUGAAUGGCUGGAAUCUGCUUCCUGGACCUCAAGAGGACACAUUUCAGUUGUUCUCUCGCCUUACCCUUUACAGCAGCAUAAAGGUUGCAAUGGUUUCUGGGGGUGCUUCCCUGUGGUUGAGGAACAGGAAGGCAGGCCCAUAUGUGCCUGUUCACAAGUUUAGCACCUGUCAGGUCAUAUGGGAGUGGCUUUUUCAUCUUUCUUGCUCUCCUACUGCUUCCUGGGGGAUUUCCCCUUCAGGCUCAGGCAGUUGUUUCUCAGAGUGGGGUGUGUGUGUGUGUGUGUGUGUGUGUGUGUGUGUGUGUGUGUGUGAAAAACACUGGUAGGGAAGACUGCUGCUGUGGUUCUGGGUUGCUAGCACUAGCAGUUCAGCAAAGAACAAACAACAACUUUUCAGAUCAAGGUUCCCCAAAGUCCCCUCUUUCCUUCAGGUGCCUGUGGGAGGGACUUCCUGGUGGAAGAAAGAGUAGAACCAGACUCUUGACUUCCCUAGAAGGGUGGCUUCUUCCUCAAUUAAAAAUGAGGAUAAAUCCAUUCCAGGGCAUUAGGGAUUAAGUGAGAUGCCUUACAGUAUGCAGGAAUUUGAUGUGGAUUAGUUCUUCUCAGACUUUUCGGUGAUAACCCCUUUUGAAAGGGGAAGAUGGAGAAGGCACUCUUUUGUUGAAUCUCUUUAGCCUCAGCCCGAAAAGUCUAGUUACUUUGCUUUGGUCUAGGAUUUCUGACUCUGCUGUUCCCUCAUUUCUCCUGAUAAAGCAGGAGGAAAUGGUGUGAAAAUGCUGCCCCAAGGACUUAGGAAAAGACUUAUUUCCUGAGGUUCUGGAAUGAUCGGGAAGACAAUUCUGGCUUUACAAGCCAUUUGCUUACUGCUCCACCCCCAACACACACACACACACACACACACACACACACACACACACACACACACACACCAUGGGAUGUUGACUAUGUAAUACACCAGAAGGCCUGAGCCUGGAUUUGGAACCCUUAUAAUGCCCAUCUUCUAUAGACCCUGUUCAUUUUAAAUCACCUGAGUAAUUAACGCCUCAGUUUUCACUUCUGUAUCAGACAGGUGCAGAUUGUGUAAGGAGUCUAUACAGGGUACAAGAAAGACACAAAGACUGCCUGGUUAAUCCCUCUCACUGAUCCAGCUCUCAUCCUAUUUAUGAUGACUGGAGCUUCCCCAACAAGUCAGCUUUGGACCUCUGAGUCUCUACUUUUACUGGUGCCACAAAGGCCCAUUUUUAGAGCUCUUAGGAGCAGAGCAACAGCCUUCCUACCAUAGCAACACACUCCCUCCCAGAGGGCUGCUAAUUCUUUGCAGGAGUGGCAGACACAGGCACCAGAUCUUUUUGCUUCCUCCCUCCCCAUUAAGCAACUUCCUGGCAAAGGCUCUUCCCUCUCAUCCCAUGCAUUUCCUCAUUCAGGACUUUCUGUGAGAAACCUGGGUUAUCAAUGACUACUUUCCCGCUCUUCCUCAACCUCCAGACACAGCACUGGGUCUGCACCUUAGGAUGUUGACCUGGCCCAACCAGGAGAAAGGCUGAGCAGGAGCUGUGGAGGGGUGAAGAUGCUCUGUAUCCCGACUGAUGCUGAUGCAACCAGUCCCCUAUUUUAGGCUAGGGACAAUUUCCUGAGUCAGUGCUUCCUUUAGAAAGAGGGAAUCUGCUGGAGCCCUGGAACAGUCUCAGUGAAAGAGUUCUCUGCCUAGGACAUGUUUCGGGGGAAGGGCGUUGCCUUUAUAGUUAUACUUGCAGUAUCAGGAACUCUCAGAGGUGGUCUUUGUUUUUUACUUCACCAUCAGGAGAGGAUCCAUGGGGUCUGUCAAGAGACUCCCUCUCUUGCUAGAAGUUAUUUAGAGAAUCAUUGGGCGGGUCUACUUAUCUGAAUCAGGACAAGGCAGUGGCAUCUUGGCUGCAGGAAGUGUCCAGUCCUGUGUUCUUGGUUGAGAUCCUGAAGUCCUGUGUUUUAUAGUUCGCCAGUUGGUCUGGUAGGACUUUGCAGCUUCUGAUGAGCAACUUGAGAAGUAAAUGGAGGGCAAUCAAAGAUAUGGGAUGUAAAAUACCUAUGCUGAGACCCAGGAGGUGCUGGAGUCCCUGGUCUGAUUUUUCCAGUUAUCCCUCACUGCCGGAGGUUGUAAAUAAACUCACCACAUGGUCUGCGGCACCGGAAUUCAAAGCCCUUAGUCCAGAAGCAGCUGUGCCUUGAGAUGUUUGCUCAUGACCUUUUCUCUUACCACACCCUGGGGCUCUUGGGAGGAGCCAAGAGCUGAGCUGUAGUGCCAGGAUGCUGCCUCUGUCAGUGCCCACGUUAAGCUGCCUCGUGGGUCCUUUCACAUCCUUCUUGCUCAACGACGGAGUACACAGGAUGGAAACUGCUCUCUGCUUUUGGGAGACAGCACAUGGUUCAGCUUAAUAAAGCUGUGAUUGGAGACCAAAGCAGAAGGCACUUUCUCAGGCUUUCUGUGGCCAGCCUGAAGGAGAAAGAACAUUCAUGCCCCCCAAGCCCAGACCGAUGGAAGGACAAGGGGUAGGCCGAACCCUCAGGCUGCUCCGAAAUCGCUUACCACGACUUGGAGCAGGACCUUCCCAGAACAAUCCUGGGGAAGCUGUCCCAGAACCAGAAAGGACCCAGGAACAUUCCCUGUCUAGCUUUGCUGGAGGCCAGCACUUCUUUGAAUACCUUCUUGUUGUUUCUUUAAAGAAAAAGCGUUCAGGGGAUGAAUAUGAACCCACGAUCACCUACCAGUUUCCCAAGAGGGAGAACCUGCUACGGGGCCAACAGGAGGAGGAGGAACGUCUGCUCAAAGCCAUUCCUUUGUUCUGCUUCCCUGAUGGGAAUGAGUGGGCACCACUCACAGAUUAUCCCAGGGAGACCUUCUCAUUUGUCCUGACCAACGUGGAUGGAAGCAGGAAGAUUGGAUACUGCAGGCGCCUUCUGCCUGCCGGUCCUGGCCCUCGCCUUCCCAAGGUAUACUGCAUCAUCAGCUGCAUCGGCUGCUUCGGCUUGUUCUCCAAGAUACUAGAUGAAGUAGAGAAGAGACAUCAGAUCUCCAUGGCUGUCAUCUACCCAUUCAUGCAAGGUCUCCGAGAGGCAGCCUUCCCUGCACCUGGAAAGACUGUCACCCUUAAGAGCUUCAUCCCUGACUCAGGCACGGAGUUCAUCUCACUGACACGGCCCCUGGACUCCCACCUAGAACAUGUGGACUUUAGUGCUCUGUUGCACUGUCUCCAUUUUGAGCAGAUUAUUCAGAUCUUUGCCUCUGCAGUACUGGAAAGAAAAAUCAUCUUCCUGGCAGAAGGUCUCAGUACCCUGUCUCAGUGUAUUCACGCUGCAGCUGCUCUGCUCUACCCCUUUAGUUGGGCACACACGUACAUCCCUGUGGUUCCCGAGAGCCUUCUGGCCACUGUCUGCUGCCCCACCCCUUUCAUGGUUGGGGUACAGAUGCGCUUCCAGCAGGAGGUUAUGGACAGUCCUAUGGAAGAGGUCCUGUUGGUGAAUCUUUGCGAAGGAACCUUCUUAUUGUCGGUUGGUGAUGAAAAAGACAUCCUACCACCAAAACUUCAGGGUGACAUCUUGAACUCUCUUGGUCAGGGGAUAAAUGAGCUAAAGACUUCAGAACAAAUCAAUGAGCAUGUUUCAGGCCCUUUUGUGCAGUUCUUCGUCAAGACUGUGGGCCACUAUGCCUCCUAUAUCAAACGGGAGGCUAGUGGGCAAGGCCACUUCCAAGAACGAUCCUUCUGUAAGGCUGUCACCUCCAAAACAAAGCGCCGAUUCGUGAAGAAGUUUGUGAAGACACAACUUUUCUCCCUGUUCAUCCAGGAAGCAGAGAAGAGCAGGAAUCCUCCUGCAGGCUAUUUCCAAAAGAAAAUACUUGAAUACGAGGAACAGAAGAAACAAAAGAAAUCAAGAGAAAAGACUGUGAAGUAAAAGCCGUUGUGAGCAACAGUGUCUACAGCUACAGGCCAAUUUGGACUUUGGCCCUUCUGUUGUGACAGGAUCAGAGAGCCCCUCAGUCCUGGAAUCCAUGGCUUCCUUCCAACUGGCAAUCCAGUCCUGCUUCAAAGUGGUGUCUGAGUUUGGGAUCCUUGGUGUCAGGGUUUCUCAGAACUUUGAGAACUCUCAUCCAAGCUCAUAGAACUGUACUCAAAGCUGCAGUUUUAGCAGAAUGGACACAGUGAUAAACAGUAGUACAGUUGUGGGUGCUUGAUUAGAAGUUGCCGCCAAUGCCAUCUCCUGGGAACCACUGUUAUGGAAUCCUCAGCAGAGAACACUGUUUGGCCCAACAACCCAUGUACGAAAUAGUGGUCUGACAUGUGAGGAUGAGAAUAAAGAUGAAAACCUUGUUGCUUGUCAA